UUAGUUGAUUUUCGCCUCGUUAUCGGUUGUUGUUUUGGAUGCGCAGUAGAGGAAGUUAUUGCGAUCGAUUGUUUUGUGUCAUAACAAGCAAAAGUGACCAAAGUGAACAAACGUAUCGAAACCUUGUCAACGGCCCAAAUUCCUGUGUCAAAACCCUCAAAAUGAAAUUCCAAUACAAAGAAGAGCACCCGUUUGAGAAGAGAAAGUCCGAGGGCGAGAAAAUCCGCCGAAAGUACCCCGACAGGGUCCCCGUGAUCGUCGAAAAAGCCCCCAGGGCCCGAAUUGGUGAUUUGGACAAGAAGAAAUAUUUGGUUCCGUCGGAUUUGACCGUGGGACAGUUUUACUUUUUGAUUAGGAAACGGAUCCAUUUAAGGCCCGAGGAUGCGUUGUUUUUCUUUGUAAAUAACGUCAUUCCGCCCACUUCGGCCACCAUGGGCUCGCUCUACCAGGAGCAUCACGAAGAGGACUUUUUCUUGUACAUUGCUUACUCUGAUGAAAACGUUUACGGAAGCGAGGAGCUCUAAUUUAGCAACAAAUGAAAUUUUUAUAAAUCUCUGAUUACAAUAAAGCACCGGUAAAAGUUUAACAUUUAUUUUAUAUUACUUAUAAGGCUUUUGUUUGUCUGAGUGGCGACUUUUUCUAAUUGUGAUAGUUGUAUUGUUUAUUUUUAUCUUCUGAUAGGGCUGAAUAUUCUAACACUUUUGAGUUGAAUGUUACGGAAGCGCUGCUAUGAAAGGAAGACGUUUCAUCACAAAUUUAAUAAACUGAUAUUUAAUUUUUGAUGGAAUUACGAAAGUAUUAGAUUAGGUAUGUAAAAGAGAUGAUGUAGUUAUCUAAAUAAAAAUAUUUAAAAACCAA